AUGACAGUAAAGCGGAACUACGGAGCAUCAUAUGCAGAUUACACCAGGGAGUUUACAAUUGAAUCGCAUCCAGUUCAAAACACUCCACAAACCACUACGACGUUCUUAAUUACCAUUUCGCUACUCUUGCUCGCCUUUGGCUCAUUGUCGAUGACACUUUUAGGGGAUGUCAAAAGCAAGAGAUUCGUCACUUAUUUGCUCAAUUCGCUUAUUGCGCUGGUAAGUAUUGGAUUCAGUGCUAUUUAUGUAAUGAACUACGUUGGAGUAUACAUAUAA